AUGAAAUUCAGGUUCUGCGGUGGACUGGAGCCGCCCGACUGGCUGCUGGCCGAGGUGCCGCUGCUGUCAGGGGAGCAGAGCAAAGUGACGCAUGAUGACCUCGCUGCUAUGUGUGAAGCUAUUGGGACGGAUAUCGGAGUGCAGGCUGCUGUUGCUGCUCUACGGUUCAUGUUGACGCACGCUGCCAAGUACGACGCAGACCGCGCAGAUCUUGUCGAGGAGCUGCAACAACUUGGCAUGCAGCAGGUAUCAGCCGACGCCAUUGCUCAGAGCUACGAGGAACAGCGUGUACACAUCCAGAACCAACAGCGCUCCCGACGCUUUCAGUUUCCUCACGUCGAGCAAGUCGAGUGGAAGCUGGAGGAGGCUCCGUCCACGACGGUGAAGCUCAAGUUGAAGCUGGACCAGCCGGUGAUGGAUUGCGGCGUGGCGGCGGCAUCGAUACCAGGCGAGGCAGGGCACGAGCUCAGCUUCGACGUGGACAAGAGCAAGUUCCUGGCGCUGUACGAGGAGCUCAGUCAAGCGCAGUCCGCAGUCAUGGGCGGCGGGUCCUGGGUCGUGCACGAGGGCUUCCUGCUCGUCAAGCGCGACGGGGCUGCGUCCCCGCGCGCGGAGGGCGCCAAGCCCCCGCAGUGGAGGCCGGCGCUGGUCGGCGGCAAGGGCCUCAAGGAGCUCUACGUGGUGCUCACCAUGAACCGCAAGCUCGAGUUCUUCGACGGCAGCGACCCCGAGGCGCGCAACAAGGUAGACAUCGCCUACCUGCUGGGGUUCGCCGGCUGGGACGGCGACGGCCUGCUCAAGGCGGACUCGUACGGGCUGGAGCUCAAGGUGGAGCGCCACGCCAAGCCGCGCAUGCACCUGGCGGCGUUCAACCGCGUGGAUCAGGAGAAAUGGUGUCGUGGAUUUAUGGCGGUGCUGGAUCCGCACAGCGCGGCGGGCGAGGAGGUUCGGCGCGAGCGACGCCGCGUGAAGAAGGAGGAGAAGCGGCUGCAGGAGGAGCGCGAGGAGAAGAUCCGCAAGUGGAAGGAGAAGAAGGCCAGAAUGAUCAAGGAGGAGCAGGACCGCCUGCUGGCGCGGGAGGAGGAGAUUAACAACAUGACGCCGCUGGAGCGCGUGGACGGCCUCGGCUCGCUCGAUGACGACACGGCCAGGAUGCUGGAGAAGAGGAAGCUGAGGCUGCAGCGUCGACAGGCCCCCACGACGGGCAGAGUGAACAAGGCGGCGUAUCGCCGACGGCUCGAAGAAGCGGCGGGAGGAAAGACGGACAACGUGCAGCCGUUGCACACGAGGAUUGUGGAGCAGAAGACCAAGGUUCGAGUGGAACUGCCUCCCCCUGGACAGUUUUUCGAGGUCGGUGGUGUUGUUCACAAUGACGCGCCGGUGCGUCUAGGCUCCUCUGGAAGCGACAUGUCGGACAGCUCGUCGAUGUCGUCGCGGCUUUCUUCUGUUUCGUCGGUAACUGGAUCCAGACACGACGGGGGUAUGGGCAAUGCUCCUCCUCCUCCGCCGCCACCGCCGCCGAUGCGCUGGUCAGCUAGUAAUUCCCGCGUCUCCAUGUCGUCCCGAGCGUCGAUGAGUAUCCCGCCACCUCCGCCUCCCCCACUAUUUGACCACCAGAGUUUCAACGAGCGGGAAUCCCGACUUUCGAGAUCCAGCAGCAGCCUACGAAGCUCGUCGUUCGACUCGUUCGCAUUUGAUCGGGAUGAAGACCCCGUGCCGUCUAGAUCUUCCUUCUCGCAAGGCAGUCGCCGGAUUUCAAGUGCGGACAAAAGCAAGCAGAACAUGCAGGACAAUCUGGCUGCCAUCUUAGGUGGGGGAAGGCCCAAGCCCGCGUCAAGAGCGAGCCGCCGACGAGACUCGUUUGGAUCUACCAUGAGCUCAGUGACGACUGCGUCUUAUGCGGCGCCGAGUCGAAAGCCCAAGACGGAUAACACCCGAACGAACGGAAGUACGAGUUCACCGGCCCCAGAACCGUCGAUGGCGAACGCUUUCGCGGCUAGUCUUGCUGCGAUUCGGCGUAACCGUGCUGACACUGUCGAGGAAAUGAGCGUUAGCAGCAGCGCUGUUAGCCCGGUGGCAGGCGCCCCCGUCAAUGGCAAGGUGCGCGAUCGGAAACGCGAUUCUCAGCUAAGUGCUGAAGGAAAGGAGAUCUUGAAGAAGGCAAUGGGCGGCGAGAGCACUCAAGCUCCUGCUUCUAAACUAAAGUCGAAGGCGAAUUCCGGACGCAGGGGUCUAUUUGACGACAGUAGCAGUGACGAAGACGAUGAUUCCGACACUGGUUUGUUCGGUGUCGGUGGGCGAAAGAGCAAGGCGCCGAACAGUACCUCCCGUGCGUCUACUAGCAUGCGUUCAAGUGAUUUGAGUGUGGACUCGCGCCCAACGCCAGUGAAGAAGAGCGCCCCUGCGCCAUCCGUAAGCAGCGAUGAGGAUGUAUCAAGCGACUCCGAUUCUGACAACGGCACAUCAUUCUUUGCCCAGCCUCGCAAAAUCGAACCAACAAGUCCGAGGGGUGCCACGACGAACAACAUGGGGGCAGGCGGCUCUGGUCCUAGCGUCGUCGUGGUGUUCAUAUCCUCUGCUCUGCGCACUGAAGGCAAAAAGUCGACCGGUGUCUUCACUUUCAUGCUUCAGUUCGGGAACUUGGAGCACAGCUUCUCAUUUACAUACUCGGAAUUUGAGGAGAUCCACACACGACUGACCUCAGCUUUCCCGAGCACAGCGCUGCCAAAGUUCCCUUCAAAGCACCGCUUGCGCAAUAACACGAAGCCUGAAAACAUGGAGAAGCGAGCCCAGGAGUUCCGCCUGUACUUACAGCAGCUGGUGGCCUUACCUGGGGUUCUGUCGAGCGAGCGGUUCCAGUUCGAGUACCAUAUCGACGGCGCCUUUUCGCGCGCAUUGGCGAACGGCCAAAACUCCAACGGAAGUGUAGCAAAUGGUGCUCAGUCUAAUGGCCGACCUCCGAGAAGCCCCGUUGCACCUCUACCGAAGAAGGAGCAAGUGGUGUCGCCCGAUUCUUCUCGACAAGAAAGCCCCCCUGCCCGAGCUGCCAAGCCGAGAGCGUCGAAGGGACUCUUUGGCUUGGACGACUCGGACUCCGACCCCGAGUCGGACUCGGAUACGUCGGUCGACACGCCAAAACUGGUUACACGGCAGCAGCGGCGUGAGUCUGCAGCGUCGUCAACUCAACGGAGGAAGCCGAAAACAGCCGAGCUGUCCAGCAGCGUUAUCGGCGCUGUCCCCGAAGAUACUCUGCGCGGCAAGAAGAGUCGGUCGCGUUCACGGUUGAGCUCUCGAGCGAGUUCAAGAGCAAGUUUGGCGGCUCCUCCUCGCCCCGUCGAACCACCAAAGCCGGCCGUGACUGGGUUACCUCCAGGACGCCCGAAUCCCUUUGCAGGUGGUCGUGGUGACCUGCUUGCGGCGAUUCGGCAGGGUACUCAGCUGAAGAAGACCGGCGACGGGGACCCAGCAGGUACUUCUGGUGCUUCCUCGGCCGCCGCGAAGCCUCCGCCGCCACCUCCAGCGCUUACGCAGGCUGGCUCCAUCAACGAAGCCAUCACGAAUGCAAUGGCGAUGCGGCGUAUCCACGUCGAGUACGAAGAGUCGAACGCGGACGCAGACUCGGACGACGACUGGGACUAA